CCCCGCCUACAUACUGAGCCGUAAGGAGUAGAGUAGCAGCGCAAGUUUUAAUUAUUUAUACUUCCUUUUUUGAACUGUAAAGCAUCGAUGGCGUGACAGCGACGCUCUUCAGCUACUGUCAAUAGAAAAUGUUGAUGGAGGAACACACUCAGACGUGUAGAGAGAACAGAUCUAGCAACGACUGGAGACAGCCGCGGGAGACACACUCUUUCCAUUGUGGAAAGAACAACCGCAGACAUGAUUGGCCGCAGAUCGGUGACUAAACAGGAAGCGAGUUUAAAUGAAAAUGAGCGAAAGAGCGUCGUCCUACAUAUUCUGUUUUCAGUCCCACAGUUCGGCUGCACAGAUUAGAGGACGAUGAUUAAAAAAGAAUCGCCUGAAGAAUGGAGGCCUGGCGUCGACCUGCAGGAGCCAGAGCUCAUCAUCGUAAAGGAGGAAGAGGAGGAACCGUGGACCAGUCUGGAAGGACGGCAGCUCGAUGUGAAGGAGGAGGCUGACGCCACUAAGUUUUCAUUCACCACAGUUUCUUUGAAGAGUGACUAUGAUGAAAAACCUCUGCUCUCGCCUCUUCUUCAGCACCAAAUGGAAGACGGAGAUCUUUCAACCAGCAGCUCAGCUGACCAGAUGGAAGCAACGACUGGUGAAGCAGACAGUGGAGGAGGAGAAACUACCAGGAACCCAAGUCUGAAUUCUCAUCUUGAUGAUUCCAGCUCUUCAGAGACUGAAGUUAGCGACUGUUGUGAAGAUGAAGAGGAUGAGAACCAUUCUGACUCUGGGCUGAAAGGACUUUCGGAUUUUGAGCCAAUACCUGAAGACAGUGAUGAAGACUGGAAGGAGAGCAAGUCUCCUGAGUUGGGUGUAAACAAAUCGUUCAGCUGUUCUGAGUGUGGUAAACAGUUCCUCCACGUUCAGUCUCUUCAGAAACACAUGAGCAGUCAUUCAGGAGUAAAGGCUUCAAGUUCUUUGGUUAAAAAGAGUUUUGAUGUGGAGUCACAACAGAGACUCCAGGUAGCGCAGAAAUCGUUUAGUUGUGACGACUGCGAUGAAAACUUCACCAGAAAAACAGAUCUAAACACACACAAAAGGAUCCACACAGGACAAAAAACAUUUGUUUGCGAUGUUUGUGAACGACGGUUCAGCUACAAGUCCAGGUUAGACGCACACACGAGAAUCCACACAGGAGAUCAGCCGUUUGUUUGUGAUGUUUGUGGGCAGAGGUGCAGCGGGAAGGCCCAUUUAAACCGACACAUGAGAAUCCACACAGGACAGAAACCCUUCACCUGUGAUUUCUGCGAGCGAAAGUUCAGCCAAAGGGGAAGUUUAAACAUACACAUUAGAAUCCACACGGGACAGAAACCGUUCGCUUGUGACGUCUGCGAGCGGCAGUUUAGCCAAAGGACGGACCUGAACCGGCACGCCAGAAUCCACACGGGAGACAAGCCGUUUGCUUGUCGUGUUUGUGGACGACAGUUCAACCAAAAGGGAAAUUUAAACACACACAUGAAGACCCACACAGAAAACAAAGCACUCGUUUGCAAUGAUUCUUAAAACACAAUAGUCCACCUAAGAGAGAAAACACUAACUGUGGACAAUGAGACGUUUAGGGGUGUUAGUGUACAUUUAUAUUACAAUAUUAAACCGGUUUUUGACACAUGUAGCACACUGUUUAUUUCAAGUUAGGAGAGUAAGAAAAUAUGCUAUUUGUUUUUAAUAAUAGUAUUAGCCUGUUAACACAUCCUUGCUGUACGUGAUCUGCUACGUUAUAGCCUUUCCAAAACAUUGACUUUACAGCCAUUUGUUGCACCUGUCCACGUUUUUUUCUUAAUUUAAUAUUAUCCUUUUUUAAGCAUUUAGUAUGCUUACUAUGUGACAUUCUAAAUAAAAAAUGGAUUUCUGUAAUCUGCAAA